AUGACUUUAACAGAAUCAACCCAGAUCUUACAAUCUCCUUUAAUCCUUAUGGCAUCUAGCCAAGAGAAGGAUAUAGCAAGGGAGGAAGGGCCCACUGCACCUAAUGAGGUGGUGAACAAUGCUGCUGAGAUUGACCUCAAUCAAGAUGAGGCAAUGGCUGACCUUGAGUUGGAUGAUAUUGAGAACUUCGAUCUGGACCUUAGAGAUGAGCAUAACCAUGGUAAAGCUGAGAACCAUGGUGAAGAUGAGAACCAUGGUGAAGUUGACAGCCUUGGGGAAGAGGAUAACACCGGUGGAAAGGAGGCCACUAGUGAUGAAAAUGACUUCACUGAGUGUGAAGGCAUGACUUAUCCUAUCUCCGAGGAGAUUGUCCAACUCCAGGCUAAAGCUCGCGUUACUGCACCCACUCGUGCAUUGGACGAGGUGGCCCGCAGGGUAGUGUAUGGUGAUAAGAAGCAGGCGCAGGGACCAUUUGGGUGGCCGGAGUUCUGCACCGUGCUGAAAGAUGCAUUCAUGGUCAAGAAGUCCAACAUCGAACUGCGCGGACGCCUUGAGAGUAUCAAGUGUCAUGACCGUUCGGUGCAGAAAUAUGCGGUCGAGUUUGAGGCCGCAGUACGCUCGCUCCAGAAGCCCUUGUCUGAGGAGGAGAUGAUGCACGUCUUCAUGAAAGGCCUCCCUGUCAACCUGCGCGGCCUGGGCCCCCGGGGGCGGGCCGCGGCGAGCCCCCUUCCCGGCGCGGCCCCGGGCCCCGCCGGAGGCCCCAACGCGGCCCCGGCCUCUGCUGGUGGCAGCAAACGCGCCCCCCUCCCCGGCGCGGCCCCGGCCCCAAGGGCGGGCCGCGGAUGCGCCCCCCUUUCCGGCGCGGCCCCGGCCCCCGCGGGCGGGCGGCGGUCGCGCCCCCCUCCCGGGCGCGGCCCCGGCCCCCGCGGGCGGGCGGCGGCCACGCCCCCCUCUCCGGCGCCGCCCCGGACUCGGCCCUCGCAGGCAGGGGGCGGCCGCGCCCCCCUCCCCGGCGCGGCCCCGGCCCCGGCCCCUGCCUCCGCGGGCGGGCGGCGGCCGCGCCCCCCUCCCCGGCGCGGCCCCGGCCCCGGCCCCGGCCUCCGCGGGCGGGCGGCGGCCGCGCCCCCCCUCCCCGGCGCGGCCCCGGUCCCGGCCCCGGCCUCCGCGGGCGGGCGGCGGCCGCGCCCCCCUCCCCGGCGCGGCCCCGGCCCCGGCCCCGGCCUCCGCGGGCGGGCGGCGGCCGCGCCCCCCUCCCCGGCGCGGCCCCGGCCCCGGCCCCUGCCUCCGCGGGCGGGCGGCGGCCGCGCCCCCCCUCCCCGGCGCGGCCCCGGCCCCGGCCCCGGCCUCCGCGGGCGGGCGGCGGCCGCGCCCCCCUCCCCGGCGCGGCCCCGGCCCCGGCCCCGGCCUCCGCGGGCGGGCGGCGGCCGCGCCCCCCCCCGCCGCCGGCCCCGGCCCCGGCCCCCCGCGGGCGGGCGGCGGCCGCGCCCCCCUCCCCGGCGCGGCCCCGGCCCCGGCCCCGGCCUCCGCGGGCGGGCGGCGGCCGCGCCCCCCUCCCCGGCGCGGCCCCGGCCCCGGCCCCGGCCUCCGCGGGCGGGCGGCGGCCGCGCCCCCCUCCCCGGCGCGGCCCCGGCCCCGGCCCCGGCCUCCGCGGGCGGGCGGCGGCCGCGCCCCCCUCCCCGGCGCGGCCCCGGCCCCGGCCCCGGCCUCCGCGGGCGGGCGGCGGCCGCGCCCCCCUCCCCGGCGCGGCCCCGGCCCCGGCCCCGGCCUCCGCGGGCGGGCGGCGGCCGCGCCCCCCUCCCCGGCGCGGCCCCGGCCCCGGCCCCGGCCUCCGCGGGCGGGCGGCGGCCGCGCCCCCCUCCCCGGCGCGGCCCCGGCCCCGGCCCCGGCCUCCGCGGGCGGGCGGCGGCCGCGCCCCCCUCCCCGGCGCGGCCCCGGCCCCGGCCCCGGCCUCCGCGGGCGGGCGGCGGCCGCGCCCCCCUCCCCGGCGCGGCCCCGGCCCCGGCCCCGGCCUCCGCGGGCGGGCGGCGGCCGCGCCCCCCUCCCCGGCGCGGCCCCGGCCCCGGCCCCGGCCUCCGCGGGCGGGCGGCGGCCGCGCCCCCCUCCCCGGCGCGGCCCCGGCCCCGGCCCCGGCCUCCGCGGGCGGGCGGCGGCCGCGCCCCCCUCCCCGGCGCGGCCCCGGCCCCGGCCCCGGCCUCCGCGGGCGGGCGGCGGCCGCGCCCCCCUCCCCGGCGCGGCCCCGGCCCCGGCCCCGGCCUCCGCGGGCGGGCGGCGGCCGCGCCCCCCUCCCCGGCGCGGCCCCGGCCCCGGCCCCGGCCUCCGCGGGCGGGCGGCGGCCGCGCCCCCCCUCCCCGGCGCGGCCCCGGCCCCGGCCCCGGCCUCCGCGGGCGGGCGGCGGCCGCGCCCCCCCUCCCCGGCGCGGCCCCGGCCCCGGCCCCGGCCUCCGCGGGCGGGCGGCGGCCGCGCCCCCCUCCCCGGCGCGGCCCCGGCCCCGGCCCCGGCCUCCGCGGGCGGGCGGCGGCCGCGCCCCCCUCCCCGGCGCGGCCCCGGCCCCGGCCCCGGCCUCCGCGGGCGGGCGGCGGCCGCGCCCCCCCUCCCCGGCGCGGCCCCGGCCCCGGCCCCGGCCUCCGCGGGCGGGCGGCGGCCGCGCCCCCCUCCCCGGCGCGGCCCCGGCCCCGGCCCCGGCCUCCGCGGGCGGGCGGCGGCCGCGCCCCCCUCCCCGGCGCGGCCCCGGCCCCGGCCCCGGCCUCCGCGGGCGGGCGGCGGCCGCGCCCCCCUCCCCGGCGCGGCCCCGGCCCCGGCCCCGGCCUCCGCGGGCGGGCGGCGGCCGCGCCCCCCUCCCCGGCGCGGCCCCGGCCCCGGCCCCGGCCUCCGCGGGCGGGCGGCGGCCGCGCCCCCCUCCCCGGCGCGGCCCCGGCCCCGGCCCCGGCCUCCGCGGGCGGGCGGCGGCCGCGCCCCCCUCCCCGGCGCGGCCCCGGCCCCGGCCCCGGCCUCCGCGGGCGGGCGGCGGCCGCGCCCCCCUCCCCGGCGCGGCCCCGGCCCCGGCCCCGGCCUCCGCGGGCGGGCGGCGGCCGCGCCCCCCUCCCCGGCGCGGCCCCGGCCCCGGCCCCGGCCUCCGCGGGCGGGCGGCGGCCGCGCCCCCCUCCCCGGCGCGGCCCCGGCCCCGGCCCCGGCCUCCGCGGGCGGGCGGCGGCCGCGCCCCCCUCCCCGGCGCGGCCCCGGCCCCGGCCCCGGCCUCCGCGGGCGGGCGGCGGCCGCGCCCCCCUCCCCGGCGCGGCCCCGGCCCCGGCCCCGGCCUCCGCGGGCGGGCGGCGGCCGCGCCCCCCUCCCCGGCGCGGCCCCGGCCCCGGCCCCGGCCUCCGCGGGCGGGCGGCGGCCGCGCCCCCCUCCCCGGCGCGGCCCCGGCCCCGGCCCCGGCCUCCGCGGGCGGGCGGCGGCCGCGCCCCCCUCCCCGGCGCGGCCCCCGGCCCCGGCCCCGGCCUCCGCGGGCGGGCGGCGGCCGCGCCCCCCUCCCCGGCGCGGCCCCGGCCCCGGCCCCGGCCUCCGCGGGCGGGCGGCGGCCGCGCCCCCCUCCCCGGCGCGGCCCCGGCCCCGGCCCCGGCCUCCGCGGGCGGGCGGCGGCCGCGCCCCCCUCCCCGGCGCGGCCCCGGCCCCGGCCCCGGCCUCCGCGGGCGGGCGGCGGCCGCGCCCCCCCUCCCCGGCGCGGCCCCGGCCCCGGCCCCGGCCUCCGCGGGCGGGCGGCGGCCGCGCCCCCCUCCCCGGCGCGGCCCCGGCCCCGGCCCCGGCCUCCGCGGGCGGGCGGCGGCCGCGCCCCCCUCCCCGGCGCGGCCCCGGCCCCGGCCCCGGCCUCCGCGGGCGGGCGGCGGCCGCGCCCCCCUCCCCGGCGCGGCCCCGGCCCCGGCCCCGGCCUCCGCGGGCGGGCGGCGGCCGCGCCCCCCUCCCCGGCGCGGCCCCGGCCCCGGCCCCGGCCUCCGCGGGCGGGCGGCGGCCGCGCCCCCCUCCCCGGCGCGGCCCCGGCCCCGGCCCCGGCCUCCGCGGGCGGGCGGCGGCCGCGCCCCCCUCCCCGGCGCGGCCCCGGCCCCGGCCCCGGCCUCCGCGGGCGGGCGGCGGCCGCGCCCCCCUCCCCGGCGCGGCCCCGGCCCCGGCCCCGGCCUCCGCGGGCGGGCGGCGGCCGCGCCCCCCUCCCCGGCGCGGCCCCGGCCCCGGCCCCGGCCUCCGCGGGCGGGCGGCGGCCGCGCCCCCCUCCCCGGCGCGGCCCCGGCCCCGGCCCCGGCCUCCGCGGGCGGGCGGCGGCCGCGCCCCCCUCCCCGGCGCGGCCCCGGCCCCGGCCCCGGCCUCCGCGGGCGGGCGGCGGCCGCGCCCCCCUCCCCGGCGCGGCCCCGGCCCCGGCCCCGGCCUCCGCGGGCGGGCGGCGGCCGCGCCCCCCUCCCCGGCGCGGCCCCGGCCCCGGCCCCGGCCUCCGCGGGCGGGCGGCGGCCGCGCCCCCCUCCCCGGCGCGGCCCCGGCCCCGGCCCCGGCCUCCGCGGGCGGGCGGCGGCCGCGCCCCCCUCCCCGGCGCGGCCCCGGCCCCGGCCCCGGCCUCCGCGGGCGGGCGGCGGCCGCGCCCCCCUCCCCGGCGCGGCCCCGGCCCCGGCCCCGGCCUCCGCGGGCGGGCGGCGGCCGCGCCCCCCUCCCCGGCGCGGCCCCGGCCCCGGCCCCGGCCUCCGCGGGCGGGCGGCGGCCGCGCCCCCCUCCCCGGCGCGGCCCCGGCCCCGGCCCCGGCCUCCGCGGGCGGGCGGCGGCCGCGCCCCCCUCCCCGGCGCGGCCCCGGCCCCGGCCCCGGCCUCCGCGGGCGGGCGGCGGCCGCGCCCCCCUCCCCGGCGCGGCCCCGGCCCCGGCCCCGGCCUCCGCGGGCGGGCGGCGGCCGCGCCCCCCUCCCCGGCGCGGCCCCGGCCCCGGCCCCGGCCUCCGCGGGCGGGCGGCGGCCGCGCCCCCCUCCCCGGCGCGGCCCCGGCCCCGGCCCCGGCCUCCGCGGGCGGGCGGCGGCCGCGCCCCCCUCCCCGGCGCGGCCCCGGCCCCGGCCCCGGCCUCCGCGGGCGGGCGGCGGCCGCGCCCCCCUCCCCGGCGCGGCCCCGGCCCCGGCCCCGGCCUCCGCGGGCGGGCGGCGGCCGCGCCCCCCUCCCCGGCGCGGCCCCGGCCCCGGCCCCGGCCUCCGCGGGCGGGCGGCGGCCGCGCCCCCCUCCCCGGCGCGGCCCCGGCCCCGGCCCCGGCCUCCGCGGGCGGGCGGCGGCCGCGCCCCCCUCCCCGGCGCGGCCCCGGCCCCGGCCCCGGCCUCCGCGGGCGGGCGGCGGCCGCGCCCCCCUCCCCGGCGCGGCCCCGGCCCCGGCCCCGGCCUCCGCGGGCGGGCGGCGGCCGCGCCCCCCUCCCCGGCGCGGCCCCGGCCCCGGCCCCGGCCUCCGCGGGCGGGCGGCGGCCGCGCCCCCCUCCCCGGCGCGGCCCCGGCCCCGGCCCCGGCCUCCGCGGGCGGGCGGCGGCCGCGCCCCCCUCCCCGGCGCGGCCCCGGCCCCGGCCCCGGCCUCCGCGGGCGGGCGGCGGCCGCGCCCCCCUCCCCGGCGCGGCCCCGGCCCCGGCCCCGGCCUCCGCGGGCGGGCGGCGGCCGCGCCCCCCUCCCCGGCGCGGCCCCGGCCCCGGCCCCGGCCUCCGCGGGCGGGCGGAGGCCGCGCCCCCCUCCCCGGCGCGGCCCCGGCCCCGGCCUCCGCGGGCGGGCGGCGGCUGCGCCCCCCUCCCCGGCGCGGCCCCGGCCCCGGCCCCGGCCUCCGCGGGCGGGCGGCGGCCGCGCCCCCCUCCCCGGCGCGGCCCCGGCCCCGGCCCCGGCCUCCGCGGGCGGGCGGCGGCCGCGCCCCCCUCCCCGGUGCGGCCCCGGCCCCGGCUCCGGACCCCUGUCAAAAGAUAUAA